AUGAGCGACCAGGAACACUGGCGACACACCUGGCCGAGUGCGACUGUUUUAUGUUUGUAGUGAAUCGCGUUUUUUUUUUUUUGAAAACUGAUCUCCAGGCGAUUUUCUGUGUGCAAAUUCAAGCUUGUUCUGUGGGAAAACGGUUCUUGAACUUGGAGCUGGAGCAACUGGACUAGCCGGGAUUACAGCCGCAAAAUUAGGGGCUCAUCGAGUUUUUCUCACCGAUCAUCCAUCUUUGGAAGAAGUUUCAAGCGUUCAGUGAAGAGGAAAUCCGAGUUUUAGGCUUUGGACUUGUUGAAGAGGAAUAUUAAGCAGAAUGACGUAGAAGAUAGAUGUGAAGUUGAGGUAAAGGGGAAUAUUUUUGGGAUGUUCCUGGGAAGUUUAGAGUCUCGAUUGGGACGAUCUCAGGACGACGGAGAGUUUCCUCGCUUCUGUAGAAUCCCUUGACGUCGUCGUCGCUUCCGACGUCUUCUUUGAUCCUUCCACCUUCCAAGGACUUGUUAGAACUAUCCGUCUUCUCAUCGAUUCUCAUCCCAGAGCUCGUGUCAUUUUUGCCUACCAGGAACGGGAGUAGGUUCUCUACAGUAAUUAAAAUAUAAAAAUGAUAAGAAUUAACGCUAAAUUUUUAAGAUUUUCAUGGACUAUGAUGGGCUGCAAAAAAUGAUUCAGAAAAACCAAUGAAAAAAGAAAUUUUUUUUUCUUGGUUAUUUGGGCCGAAUAUUUUGUGUUAAGUUGAUUUUUAUAAACUUUUAAAGUUCGGAAAUGGUUUCUAAUUUUUUUUUUUUGAUUGCUUGUUUCUUAACUUGAAAAAAUUUAUGACUAUGUCUUCGAACUUCAUUUUUAUCACUGUCAAAUCUAUUUGUGUUGAUAAAAAAAUUGCCUUUUCCGAAAACUGUUGUGAAUUCACCAAAAGACUUCUUGCAAACUAGAAAUUUUUAUUCCUAAAAUCUUAUCAAAAUCAAUCACCUUAUCUUUAACAUGUUGCGUUGUCGUUAUCGAUUGUUUGUUUGUACUUUUCAUUUCUCUCUGAUCUUUGACCGUAUAUUCUCCCCGAAAAAAGUUCAAAUCUAAAAACUUUUAGUUAAAAAUUCUGCCAGGACGCUCAAAGGCGUCCAGUCGUUCUACAGGCAACGAAAUAAUACUUUUUUUCAAUUUAGGUUUUCUAUAGCCAAGCGAAAAUUUUUGCACAGGCUAUACAACUUGGUAGCAUUUUUUUUGGCGUGUUUGUUAAAAUUUGUGAACUUAUUCUCAUUAUAGAACGAAGAAGCGCCUUGAUCUUUUUGCAUCAAUUUUUUUCAGUGAUAACUGGACGAUCGCCGAUCUUUUGAAGGCGCAGAACCUCCGAGCAAAUUUGGUCCGACGUGUUGAUACGGAUCGCCACACAAUUCAGAUUGGGAUCAUUGACAGAACCGAUCCGAAAAGAACAAUGUUUGCUGGAAUUGAGGGGUUGACAAGACGAUUUGAGCAUUUGAUUUGAUAAUUUUUCAGCGGUGGCACCGGCUCGAAGUUGGUUUUUGUGGAUGAAAGCGGCGAGAAGCGAAUUUGGUCGACGUCCAUCGGCACGAAUUAUUGUCUGGAUGGAGUCGAAGUCGUGGGAGACCGGGUCGCUCAGUGGAUUCGCUCGGCGGCGGCAGAAAAUGACAUCCAGCUUCCUGUGAGAGCCUUGGUGAGUUGGCCGAAAAUUGUUUGAGGUUCGAGAAGUUUUUUGUUGACUAGGCUUGUUUUGAUCUUGCUGUAGGACUUCUGGAAGCAACUAGGAUCUCCAUUUGCAUUUUCAUUCCCACACUUCCCGAAAUGGCUAAAAAUUCCAUGGUAGAGUGAAUAAGAAAGCUUUUUUCCCUUGAUAUAUUUAUGUACUCACGUAAAAAUUUGUAAGCUUCUGCUUUCGAUUCCUCGGAUGUCGUUUAAAAUCUUUCCAGUAGGUGGUUAAACGCCUUCCACAUAGCUUCUCAACACCUACUCGCCUUCCAGAAGCCUGCUGGAAGGCUUCUGGCCGGUCUUUUUCAUUUUCGGACCUCCCGAGACUUUCCAUCAGUCUUCUGAAUACCUCCCCAAGGCCUUCUGAAGACCUUCUAGCUCUUUCACCUUCCAAACCUUCCCGACCCUUUCCCAAGAUUCGCCUGAGUAAAAGCUUUGUAAAUUUAGUUUAAUUGCUAUGAUGACCAUGAGGUCAGUCAUCUAUCAAUCAGAAACGGAUUCUAUCGCUGUUUUCUCUAAGCUCAUAUUCGAAGUCAGCGGGAAAAGAGAAAUUUAUCAAGCUUUUCAGGGAAUGGGUCUGUCCGGAGCUGAAGACGAUGAAAUGAACAACAAGUUUGUGCAGUACCUCUUGUGAGUACUUCAGAGGGUGUUUCCGACAUUCUCUGUUCAGAAAAACCCACGGCGACAUCGCAGAACACGUCCAUUUGUCUUCCGACGCCGUGUCCACGGUCGCCGCCAAUUUCUCACAGCGUCAGGCUUCUUGAUCAUCGUCGAUUCUUCGAAUUCAGAAGGCGUCGUGAUCAUAGCCGGAACGGGCUCUUCUUGUCGGAUGCUCAAGGCGAACGGCGAGGUCAAAGGCGUCGGAGGUUGGGGCCACGCGAUCGGCGACGGCGGCAGCGCCUACUGGACCGCCAACAGGUCUUUCCCCAGCCGAAAUCCGAUGAAAUUCUCCUUCCAGAGCCAUCCGAAUGCUUUUCGAUGACGAUGACGGUCUUGAAGUUGCCAAACAUUCAGUCGAACUCAUUCGUAAGCUUCUUUGUGAGGUAUCAGAAUUCAUUUUAGUUUUGCAAUGACAAGAAUUCUUAGCAUUUCAACAUCGCUGACAAGGUGGGAAUACUCGACUUUCUGUAUAAGAAAUUCGAGAAGCCGGUCAUUGCUCAAUUCACAAGAGUCCUGGCUGAACGUGAGUCAGUCUUCUGUGUGCGUGAAAUGCUGCAUCCCGUGUUUUUUUUUUGCUUGAGGAAUGGCUCGUGGUCGGAAUCGAGGUUCUACUCCAUUUAAAAGUUGGCAGCUUUCUCUAAUUUUUUGUUUUGAGUCGGGCGCGUCGAGCCAUUCCAAUUGCGUCCGUUUCCUUUCGAAUGCAUUGAGAAAAGAGAAAUAGAAAAAAAAUCACUAUUCAGAUGCUGAAGAUCCGGCGAUUGCUCAAAUCUUUUACGAGUCUGGAAAUAUUUUAGGCCGCCAUUUACGAGCUGUUUCAAGACAUCUUGAUGAAGUUUCUCCUUAAAAAAGAAUAUCGAAUGAAAAUCUUGUAGGAUGACAAAAAGGAAGUUUUGGUGGUUCUGGUCGGAAAUUUGUUCAAAUCGUGGAAACUUCUCAGACAAGGUUCUAAAGUUCGAAAGUUAUCUUUUUCCGAUUUGACCGUAUAGAAUACAGUGUGAUCUCCAAUUAAGGUUUCUCGGAUGCUUUAACAGACAGUGGAAUCGGAAAAGUCAGCUUCUUCCUGCCUUCGGAAGAGCCUGGAAUCGGAGCCGCGGCGAUUGCGGCAAGAGAAGUUGGCGUCGAUAUUCCUCACGCCCAAAACAAAAAAUUGAUCGACGAAAUCAUCUUUUGA